AUAAAAAGAAGGGAAACCGGACGAAGACAUUUCUUUUUAAACGAAAUCAGGUGGCAAGCUCUACAGCGCUCAGGGACUCCAAUGACUUGAGGAAAUGAAAAGAUCAGUCGUUUUGUACUCCUUUGCCAUUUUCUUGUUUCUUUGCAAGCAAGAUGCGUUGGCCCAGUACAUAUUGCCGAUGGGGACAGCACCCUAUGGCUUGGCGGUCAGCAACGCGUAUAUGCAGAGGGGACGCGCCAUUGGAGCGGCACAGAGUGGCCUAUUCGGUGCGAGCAUGAGACCAACUGGUAUUGGCGCCGUGACGCCGCGACUUUACCGACCCUAUGGUCUAUACCCAGGUGGUCCUUAUGCUGGCUCCGCGGCUGUGCAGCCGAUAGCGGCGGCGCAACCCACCUACCCUGCUACUCAACCGGCACCGGCGCAGCCCCAAUCACACGUGCUUCAGCCGGCGCCACAGGCUCAAGUAUACGUUCUGCAAGCAGCACCCGCGCCCCAGGCGCUACUGUACCCUCAGCCAUUACUGGUACCUCAACAAUUGUAUCCCGCUCAGCCUGGUGCAGCGGCCCCUCCGCCGUAUGCACUCCAGCCCGUGUAUGUACAGUCACCACAGCCGCAGCCUUUUCAACCUUUAGCAACUAUUCAGCCGCAGCCUUACGCAGUUCAGCAGCAAUCGGAGCUACAACCACAGCCCAACCCUGGUCUCUCACCACCGGAAUUCCAGGCACAGACUUCCCUCGACCAGGGAUCUGCUGCCGCCCAGCCAGCCCAGCCGCAAACGUACGUGACUCAGCCACGACAACUGCUUUUGUACAGUGUCGACCCAGCUACUUCUUUUCGGAAUGAACCGAGCCGCGAUUCCGUCCGCGUCGAACGUGAUCCUGCGCGCGUAGAUAACGUGCACGCGCAAGCUGUGACAUACGCCAACUCCUUGCCAUUCAGUCUGGUGCAACAAGCUUUUCCGGGAGGCUCGGUGCUGUUCCCUGUUCACAACAGAAGCCUACCUGGUUUGGCCCUAGCGCAGCGACACCUCAACCAAGCCAAGGCAUGGAUUUCGUCCAUACCACCAGUUAACGUAAAACCACAGCAGUCUAGUACCUUAGCUCGGGUUUUCCCGUGGCUCUCAGCGAAGGUGCCGUGGCUGCACCGCGCAGCUUCAUCGCAAUUGAAAGAAGGUGAAGAAACAGUAGUAAAGAAUUCCAAAAACCCUAAGGAAAGAAUUGAACAGCAACAAGAAAGAUUGCGGAUCUGGCAAGAAAGGCAGCGGCGAGAGUUGGCUAGGCAGCGUCUGCAACACCAGCAGCUUCUUAAGCAAAAGAAUGAAAAGCGGAGGAAACUUCAGGAGCAAAGGCGACAGCGAGAGAGACAACAGUGGUUGUUGACACAAAGAGCACGUCAACAGCGUCUGCGGAAACAACUAACUCAUCAAGGUGCGGUGGCGCAGAACCAACAAUUCAGGCAAGGCCAACUCCUUUUGCACGAGCAACGCCGACGGCAGCAUAGUGAACCAUGGACAAGACAUAUGGUUCCAGGAUCUGCGUUCGCGUCAGCGAGGCAAAUGCACGUGGCGUCUGUACAACAAGCCCAAGGAUCAACUUCAGAAAGAAACACCAGCGCUUUGGUUCAUCCACAAGCAAGACGUGGCGGAAAUAUCAGCAUCAUUCGAGGCCCUUCAUCUGGAGUAACAGUCAAUAAAACAGCCCCCGGAAGCAGUAUUAACGUAGAGGUCCAACCAGGGAUUCGUGGAGCUCCCAACAAGCAUAUUGUUGUAAAAAAUCCUUGGACAGGCGUGACAAUCAACAAAACAGUCACCGCUCAAGGUACUUCCGUCCAAGUAAAUCGAGACCCUCGAUUAUCUGCAAACAGCCAAAUACUGGUCAAGAACCCAUGGACAGGAGUUACGGUCAACAAAACAGUCUCUGCGGGCAAUGUAAAUGUGGAGAUCCAGAGCAAGAUGCAGGGAUCUCCGAAGUCACAGAUAUUUGUACAAAACCCUUGGACAGGACUGACAGUAAACAAGACUGUAAGUGGAAGCGGUGUCAGCGUCUCAGUACAGCGAGGUCAACAAGGAGUUCCUGGCAGCCAAAUAGUUGUUCAGAACCCUUGGACUGGUGUGACCGUAAAUAAAACAGUAAGCGCUAAAGGUGUCAACGUACAAAUGCAACGUGGAAGCCAUGCAAUUCCAAGCAGCCAAGUUGUAGUGCAAAAUCCUUCAACAGGAGUGACAGUCAAUAAAACAGUAACCGCGCAAGCUGCUGCCAAUGACCAACUCACAUUGGUAUCCCCAGUCCACCAAGUCCUGGUUCACAAUCCGUGGACGGGGGUUACAGUUAACAAAACAGUCACUGGAGGUGAUGUGAAUGUUGAAAUUCAUCAAAACGAGCAGGGAACUUUGCAGAAACAAAUAUCUGUAAACAACUCUUGGACAGGAGUGACAGUGAACAAAACUGCAACUGGCGGUGAUGUCACUGUCGCCGUCCAGCGUGACCAACAAGAACUUCCUAGCAGCCACAUACUCGUUCAGAACCCUUGGACUGGAGUGACUGUCAACAAAACAAUAAAUGAAAAGGGUGUCAACGUGCAAGUGAAAAGUGGAAAUCGUGGCAUUGCUAGCAGUCAAGUUGUAGUCCGGAAUCCCUGGACAGGAGUGACAAUCAACAAAACAGUUACAGCGCAAGGUACCAACGUCCAAAUAGAGCGCGACUCUGGAGCCUUUCCUAGCCACCAAAUCCUGGUUCAAAACCCAUGGACAGGGGUUACAGUGAACAAAACUGUAACUGGCAGUGGUGUCAGCGUCGCCGUGCAGCGUGACCAACAACAAGUUCCUAGCAGCCAAAUACUUGUUCAGAACCCUUGGAUUGGAGUGACCGUCAACAAAACGAUAAAUGAAAGCGGUGUUAACGUGCAAGUGCAACGUGGAAGUCACGGAACUGCUAGCAAUCAAGUUGUAGUGCAGAAUCCAUGGACAGGAGUGACGAUAAACAAAACAAUUACAGCACAAGGUACCAACGUCCAAAUAGAGCGUGACUCCCAAGCCCAAGUGUCUCCAAUUCACCAAAUCCUAGCUCAGAACCCAUUGACUGGAGUUAAAAUCGACAGAACGAUCACUGGGGGCGACGUGAAUGUCGAAAUCCAGCACAAUAAGCAAGGAACUUCCGAGAAGCAAAUAUUGGUAACAAACCCUUGGACAGGAGUGACGGUCAACAAAACCAUAAGUGACAGUGGUGUCAGCGUUUCAGUGCAGCAGAGCGCACGGGAAGUUCCUAGCAGCAAAACAGCCGUUCAGUUCCCAUGGAUAGGGGUAAAUGUCAGCAAAGCAACCACAGGAGCAAGCGUCAACGUAUCAGUCCUGCACAGCAGCCAAAUGCAAGACCGAGAAUCCCAGGAUGCAGUUGUAAUCAGCAGAACAGACCCUGGAACUAAUGUCAAUGUGGACGUCGAGCACGCUGCACAAGGGCAUGUUAGCAAGCAGGUAGUUGUACAAAAUCCUUUCACGGGAGUGACAGUUAACAAAAGCAUAAGUGACCAUGCUGUCAACAUCUCAGUCCACCAUGACCUCAAAAAAAUUACCAGUGGCCACGUGGUCGUCGAUAACUCACCGACCGGAUUAGGAGUCAGCAAUUCAAUAAUUGCAGGAAAUGUAAAUGUGGAGGCCCAGCAUAGCACGGAAGAAGCUCCUAGUGGUAUGAUAAAUGUACGAAACUCCUUGGCAGGAGUGACUAUUAAUAAAUCUUUAAGUGGUAGCAGCGUCAACGUCUCCGUCCAGCGUGGUCCGCCAGGAGUUCUAAGCAAACGAAUAGAGAUUUACAACCCCUGGACAGGAACGACUGUUAACAAAACGAUCAGUGAAGACGGCGUAAACGUGUCAGUGCAGAAUGUUCUUCUAGGGGCCCCAAAUAGUCAAGUAAUUGUCGAAAACCCGUGGACAGGAGUGACGAUUAACAAAACCAUUACCCCAAACAAAAUUAAUGUCGAGGUCCAACGGAGCGCAGAAGGAGCCUACAACAGUCACAUAGUGGCAGCAAAUCCUUUCGCAGCAGUGACAGUUAACAAAACAAUUAGCGGUAGUGGUACGAACGUCUCAGUCAAGCAAGGCGCAGGAGGCGUUUUGAAUAAACAUAUAGUGGUCCAAAAUCCGUGGACAGGUGUGACGGUCAACAAAACAAUCACUGGAAACGGCGUAAAUAUCCAUGUAGAACGCGGUUGUGCAAACGGCUUCGGGACCUCAAGUUGCUCAAGGUUCAGGAACAGGAACGACAAUUAAUGCAACUCUCAGCGGAAACAACUUGAACGAAGUAGCACAACAUGCCGGUGGAGAAGUUAUUAGUCAAACCGUAGUCGAACUACCACGGGGAGGCGUUUCUGUAAACAAAACCAUAUCUACUAGCGGUCUAAAUGUGGAAGUUCAUCGUGGUGCUCAAAGUAUUCCAGCCUCUCGAAUUGUGGUCCAGAAUCCCUGGGUGGGAGUAGAAGUGAACAGAACAACUAACCGGGAGCGGUGUAAACUUGGAAGUCCACCGCAGCACUCAGUUAGAUGCCAGCAGACUAAUCACCGCACAGCAUCAUUCUACAGGGGCAACAGUUGACACCAGCAAUGGUGUCAGUGUGGAAGCCAUUAGUGACACGCAAGGACAGCCCAACGUUCAAGUUUUGGUCGAAAAUCCCUGGACGGGGGUGAAAGUCAACAAAACUAUCACUAGAACUCAAUCAAACGUUGCAAUCCAACUCGGCGUCCAAAAAGAUUCAGAUUUCCAGUCGUCAAAUGUACAAAAACAGAUCGUUAUUCAAAAUCCAUUCACAAAAGUGACAGUAAACAAAACGGCGCUUGGAGGAAUCGUAGAUGUGCAAGUUAACCGCAAUAAUCAGCAGCCUUUCAAAAAGCAAGUAACCGUAGCUCACAAUCCUCUAACAGGCACGACGGUAAACAAAACAAUAACAAUCAGCAACAUCAACGUGACCGUACAGCAGGGGAGCCAUAGGGUUGUUACGCCAAAUAUAGUUGCGACUGCGAGUCAUCCCAUCAUCCAUAUUAAUCCCGUGGUACGCCGUCUGCACCAACAUCAUGUAAAGAAGGUGGUUGAUACUCAGGCUGCAAACUACUCCUUACCACAGCAGCAAUUCUUCCCGUUCUUUCAAGCUCGCCGAAACCUGAAUCUUCAGAUGCCUCCAUACGCGCAUCCAUACAUUCCUUUCAUGCGAGGAAAUCACUUUACGAAGAGAAGACCGUUCUGGCACGGCUUUCGUUUAGUAAGGCCUCCAAGUUACAGGCAACCGCAGGUCAUACCUAACAUAGCCAUUGAUACCCAGGGAAGCGGCUUUGUUGUCUCGCACACCGAUAUUUACCAGAAUGGACGACCUCUGGUCAAGAACCGAAUAAGCGCAAACCAAGAUUUCACGGUCAUCACAAGAGUUCACCGAUUCGCUGCCGACGUCUUGAGCAUCAACUACACCUUCAACUCUCAAGAAGCUGAAGCUAGUCGCAGUGAAGUCAAGAACAACGUCGUACAAAAUGAGCUUCGUGGCUUUAGGACAACACGACAGUGGUUCAAGCCGAAUAUUAACGUGGACAGCGGAGGUGAUGACGUCAGCGUGAACACGCAGGUAUACCAGUAUGGAAGACGGGCCGCAAAUUCAGUUGUUGACAAUCGUGCUGGGUUCGUGCUCAUCACAGCGGUCCACAAGCUCCAAAGUAAACCUUUGAGCAUCAAGUACACGUUUCUUCCGCUCGGAACGCGAUAGUACAGUCCCCACGAGCAGGACUUGGGGGCACGCAAUAGGAACUGCAGAGAGCAAGGUUAAGCUAAUGAAGCAAUGAUAACAAAAUAAUGAAAAACUAUUGUAAGCAGUUAUUUACCUUUGAUUGAGGAACUGCGGAAUAAAGUCUAAUCAUUCACCAACUAUGGAAAGAAAACGUUCUUUUUUGUGCUACGAAUACGUUAGCCUAGCGAUGUACGAUAUCCACGAAACGCAGAAUAACAGAAAUCAGAAAACGAAGAGCAUGGGUCAGCCACUAUUCAGUAAUGUACUGUAGCAUACCGGUGUCUAUACCUGCUACGGUAGUGUAUUGCAGCCCUGUUGUGUUAUAGCGCUGUUUAAAGUGACCUAAAAAGUUGCAAUACUGAGCAGUUGCUUCACUUUUGUGUUUUAUACAUUAUAACUGCAUCAUGUCUUGAGAGGUUGUUGAAAAUUGUUUAAAUUUUGUAUGUUAUGAAGUAAAAUUCAAUAUGUUGAAUUCUUUUUUCAUUGUGCUGUUUACCCUGUACAGUUUGACGGUCACUAAUUAAGUGUUUAGAAUGCGAUCGAGAAUUUUUGUACUGAGGAACACAAAUUGAUUGGCCAGUGCAUUCAUUCAUUGACUGCAGUGAAGCACCAAGGACAUUGUUUGCCAAGCUGUACGCCUUAAAAGCGGACUUUUUGUUUAACACAAAUGUGUACAGAAGAAACGCACUCUUCAUAAAUCAGUCGUACGAGCAAAACAUGCUUUGCUGAAUGGUUACAGCGAGAUACCAGCAAUUACAUUUGAAGGUCGUCUGUGUUGCAUGUGUGUGCACCGGAGUAAUUUUGCGGAAUAAAUCUAACAUACUGUAAACAACACAAC